UCCGUAAGAAUUAUUAUACUCAAUUACAAAAUCUCUCCAUAAAUAGAGCUCAACGUAGGCGUGUGUUCUCCACACUUCACAGAUAUUCCUCACUUCCAUUUUAACUCUUUCUAAUUAAUCUAACGAAGAUCCAAACCAUGGAAUCUCACAACACCUUGAACCUUGACAUGGAGAAAGAUCAAGAAAAGGCUUUCGACUACUCCAAACGAGCUCAAUGGCUACGAGCCGCCGUUCUUGGUGCAAACGACGGUCUUGUCUCGACGGCUUCACUUAUGAUGGGUGUUGGUGCGGUGAAGCAAGACGUCAAAAUCAUGAUCUUAACCGGUUUUGCCGGUUUAGUGGCCGGAGCUUGUAGCAUGGCGAUCGGAGAGUUUGUCUCCGUUUACUCUCAGUACGACAUAGAGAAGGCUCAGAUGAAGAGAGAGAGCGGAGGAGGAGGAGAGGUAGAGAAAGAGAAGCUUCCUAGCCCGACGCAAGCGGCUGCGGCGUCAGCGUUAGCGUUUUCUCUCGGGGCGGUUGUGCCGUUGUUGGGGGCUGCGUUUGUGAAAGAGUACAAAGUGAGGAUUGGUGUGAUAGUAGCGGCGGUUACGUUGGCGUUAGUGAUGUUCGGAUGGUUAGGAGCGGUUUUGGGGAAAGCACCGGUGAUUAAGUCGUCGCUUAGGGUUUUGAUUGGUGGAUGGUUAGCUAUGGCCAUUACCUUUGGUUUUACAAAACUCAUUGGGUCGCGUGGCCAUAUGUAUGCGUAACUGUGUGUGUUUACAGACAUGCAUGUGUGACCAAAUGCUUCUUCAUGUUUCUAUGUUACAUGCUUGAAGUCAAUAAACUGUUAGAAAACAAAAAAUGUCUAGUGUUAAUCUCUAGAUGAUUUCCCUUUACAAUCUAAUAAAUUUACAAAUAUAGUUA